AUGAUAGCUGGAGGCACAACUUCAGUCGAAGACGUCCCCAAGGUCGAUCUGGACUAUGCUAUACACGAAGCUUCUGGCUAUGAUCAGAAAGGCGACUUCUAUCUAUUCAACAACAUUCCUUAUGCAGCACCACCUACUGGAGACCGUCGCUUUCACCCACCAGAGCCACCUCUGCGUCGGAAGGAUGACAAUGAGUCAAGUUAUCAAGGAGACAUCCCUCCACAAGCCAUUCCGAUAUGGGCUAGAGGGUCGAUAGAAUGGCCGUAUGCAGGUGGAGAAGAUUGCCUCUGUCUGGAUAUUAAGGUUCCUCGAGCAGCCUGGGAGGCACGUGCGGCAAUAAGUAAAGGUGUACCAGUAUUGGUAUGGAUAUAUGGAGGUGGCUAUACUGCAGGAUCGAAAGAAUUGUUCGGCUCAGGCGCUGGUCUUCUUGCCAGAUCUGAGACACCUAUCAUUUACGUUGCGAUCAACUAUAGACUUGGUGUCUUUGGCUUUCUUGCAGGUCCCGACUAUGUCAGUGAAGGAGGCACACCAAACUUGGGCUUAUUGGACCAGCGUGCAGCGCUUGAAUGGAUUCAGAGCAAUAUCUCGGCUUUUGGUGGUGACCCUGGUCGAGUCACUCUUAUAGGCGAAUCCGCAGGGGCAGGCUCGAUCUAUUACCAGAUCACAGCAUAUGGUGGUUCAGCAGGCAAAUCUCCAUUUUCGCAAGCUAUUUUACAAAGUCCCGGUUUCUAUCCUAUUACCAGUCACGAGGUCAUGAACCGUCAUUAUCAUGCAGCGUUGAGACACGCCAAUUGUAAGACUUUGGAAGAGCUAAAAAGCUUGUCGGAACAAAGACUGAAAGAGGUGAAUCUUGCUGUCGUCGAUGAAGCACCAUAUGGUCAAUUUCUGCUUGGACCUGUGGUUGAUGGGACAUUCACACCAGACCUACCUGGCAAGCUUCUUCUAUCCGGCUCCUUCGACACAAAGAUCAAAGUAAUGCUGGGCCAAUGCUACAAUGAAGGAUGCGAUUAUGUAGAACCAGUCGAUAUCACUUCCUCGUAUCUCUCAAUGUAUCUCGACCGCACCUUCCACGGCAUCAACCAAUCCACCAAGGACUACAUCACAGACACUCUUUACCCUGCAGUAGCAACAUCUGACUUGGAGAAACCGAUAGGAACAGGCGUAAACAGCAUCCACUACUCCAGCAAACCACCAUACUACACCACUCCACGCGCUCGUCUACAGCGUCUCAUCAGCGAUGCAAUCUACAUACAACACAACAACGCGAUAUCAACAGCCCUCAACAACAACACCUACAACUACCUAAUGAGCCUUGAACCCGGCAAGCACGGCACAGACGUGCCAUACACAUUCUACAACGAAGGCAAAGAGGAAAUUCCAGCUGUGCCAGGUAUGGCGAAAGUGAAAAGUAAAGAGCUCGCACAUGCGCUGCAGAAGUACUUGACCAAUUUCGUGAUUUAUGGCGAUCCUAAUGGGACGGGAGAAAGUGACCUGCCUAAGAUGAGGGUUAGAGGAGGUGAAUGUGUAAUGCUCAAUUUUGCUGAGACUGGUAUUGAGGAAACACGAGAUCCGAGCGCGAAGGAGCAGUGUGUGUGGUGGCAGAAAGGUCUUUUUGCUUGA